GUGCGUAUGGUUAUGUAUGGAAAAUUUCCUCGUUUGUCCUCUUGCAGUUACCAUAUUUUUACGAAAUUUAUAUUUCCUAAAAACGUGAACACAAUGUCGGAAAGCUCGUCCGAAAAGUUGUCGAAGAAUGAGUUGAAAAGGAGAAUGAAAGCGGAACAAAAAGCCAAAGAAAAAUUAGCUGCUGAAGCGGUAAAGAGCUCGCAGGUAGCGAAAAAGGAAACGGUAAUUAAUAAUGAAGAAAACAUUAGUCCUAAUGAGUAUUUCAAGCUUAGGACGACCGCAAUAGCCAAUCUUAAAUCGAUAGGAGGUGAAGAUGCACCUUAUCCCCAUAAGUUUCAUGUAUCAAUAUCUCUUACUGAAUUUGUGCAGAAGUAUAGUAGUUUGAAUGAAGGAGAAGUCCGAGAAGAUGAUAAACUUAGUUUAGCAGGUCGUGUGCAUGCUAUUAGAGCCUCAGGCGCAAAAUUAAUAUUUUACGACAUUAGAGGUGAGGCUACCAAAGUACAAGUAAUGGCCACUGCACAGCACUAUGGUGAUGAAUCGAAAUUUGCUUAUGAUACAGAUAAAAUUAAAAGAGGGGAUAUCAUAGGCAUUGAAGGAGUCCCUACUAAAACCAAAAAGGGAGAAUUAUCAAUAAUGCCAAAUAAGAUUAAAUUGUUGUCACCAUGUUUGCACAUGCUUCCACAUUUGCAUUAUGGUCUAAAGGAUAAGGAGACUAGGUUUCGACAAAGGUACUUAGAUCUGAUUCUUAAUGAUCAUGUACGCAAAAUAUUUGAAGUCAGAGCUAAAAUCAUUGCUUACAUGAGGAAGUUCUUUGAUGAACUAGGAUUUUUGGAAAUAGAAACUCCAAUGAUGAAUAUGAUUGCUGGUGGGGCAACUGCCAAACCAUUCAUAACUCAUCAUAAUGAACUGAACAUGGAUCUGUUUAUGAGGAUUGCCCCUGAACUGUACCACAAAAUGUUGAUUGUGGGGGGUAUUGAUAGGGUGUAUGAAAUCGGAAAGCAAUUUAGAAAUGAAGGUAUUGAUUUAACUCACAAUCCUGAAUUCACAACUUGUGAAUUUUAUAUGGCUUAUGCCGAUUACAAUGAUCUAAUUAUCAUUACUGAAACUCUUCUUGCUGGAAUGGUACAUAGUAUCCACGGUACCUAUAAAAUAAAAUACCACCCUGACGGAUUAGACGGAGAAGAGGUUGAAAUAGAUUUUACACCCCCAUUUAAAAGGAUCCCAAUGAUCCCUAGCUUAGAAUCCACAUUAAAUGUUAAAUUCCCAUUAGCAACAGAGUUAAAUGGAGAAGCAGCCAAUAAAUUUAUAAGCGAUUUAUGUAUCAAACAUAAUGUUGAGUGUCCCGCCCCCAGAACCACUGCUAGACUACUCGACAAAUUAGUAGGAGAAUUCAUAGAAGAAAAAUGUAUAAAUCCCACAUUUAUAACAGAGCACCCUCAAAUCAUGAGUCCUCUAGCAAAAUGGCACAGAUCUAUACCAGGCUUAACAGAAAGGUUUGAAUUGUUUGUAAUGAAGAAAGAAAUAUGUAAUGCCUAUACUGAGCUGAAUGAUCCAUUAAUUCAAAGGGAAAGAUUCGAACAGCAAGCAGCUGAUAAAGCUGCAGGAGAUGAUGAAGCUCAGCUUGUAGAUGAAAACUUUUGUGCAGCUCUAGAAUAUGGUUUGCCACCGACCGGCGGUUGGGGAAUGGGCAUUGAUCGCGUGACCAUGUUUUUGACAGAUAAUAAUAAUAUAAAGGAAGUACUACUGUUCCCCGCUAUGAAGCCUGAUGAUCCGAGAAAAGGUCUGGAACAGGAAAAAAAUGAAGCCGACCAUAAUACUAGUUAAUAAAUAGUUUAUUGAUUA